CAUAGAGAUUCAAGUUUUCAAGAUUCUUGGAGGGCAAGCAACACGGGUUCCCGGGGAGAGUAGACGGCUUGCUUCACUUUAUCCACGGAGCGUACAAUAUUCGUUCAGUCGUGUUGUGCUCACUGUUCCAGGUUGUACCGCAGAUCCGAGAUUUGUCGCAGGCAUUUCUCGUAGUUAAUUGGAGAGCAGCGCUGUGCACCUCCUUCAUAAUUCGUUGGUUCGAUUCAGUUUUUUCAUCCACUGCAUAGAUAGAAUCUAGAGCCGUGCCGAGAGGUUUCGAAUCUUUUCGCGGCAAACAAGUGAAUUUUAGUUCUGUGAAAGUGUCUCAAUAAAAUUCUAUCAAGAUGAGCACAUAUGCAUGGGUUACAUUGGCCACAAAUGAUUUAUACUCAUUGGGCGCUUUAGUUUUGGCUUACUCUUUGAAACGAGUAUCAACAGCGCAUCAGUUGGCUAUUCUUAUCACACCGACAGUAUCUGAAUCUAUGCGCAACAAGCUCAAAGAUGUUUUCAAUGUCGUACAAGAAGUGAACGUUCUAGACUCACAAGAUGCUGCAAAUUUGGCUCUCCUGGCCCGUCCCGAGUUGGGUAUCACAUUCACUAAAAUCCAUUGCUGGAGACUCAUACAGUUCGAGAAAUGUGUAUUUUUAGAUGCCGACACUCUAGUUUUGCAAAAUUGUGAUGAAUUAUUCGAGCGGGAAGAAUUGUCGGCCGCACCCGAUGUAGGCUGGCCAGAUUGUUUUAACUCUGGCGUAUUCGUGUAUAGACCAAGUUUAGAUACGUUUUCAAAAAUUACACAAUUUGCCUUAGAGAAGGGAAGCUUCGAUGGCGGAGAUCAGGGUUUAUUGAAUUCAUACUUUUCGGAUUGGGCAACGAGCGAUAUUUCAAGACAUUUGCCAUUUUUGUAUAAUACAUGCUCAACGGCUACAUAUUCAUAUUUGCCAGCAUUCAAACAAUUCGCUGAUCGCAUUAAAAUCCUCCAUUUCAUCGGUAGAAUGAAACCAUGGCUCUUAAAUUUCAACUCUCAAACUAGAAUUGUCUACACACCUCAAGAGAGUGGUUAUUUGCAUCCAUACUUGCAAUUCUGGUGGGAUCUUUUCUGUGAUAAUGUACAUGAAAAAUUAACUGAGGAUAUGCCGGACUUUAUUAACCAAGAAGAGCAGAGUUAUAAUACACUUCGAAUUGGUAAUAUACCAUCAAAUCAAAAUGAAAAUCGAUUUACCCCGUUCGAAAGGGAUGAAAUUCACACUGAAGUUAUGUUCAAUGUGAUAAUACGUGAUCCAUGGGAAGAUUACUAUGAAAAUUUGGAGAAACAAAUUGUGUCAGAUAUUGUAAAUACAGAACAAACUUAUAAUAAUAACUCUAACAACGAAAACAUCCGUGAUAAAACACCUGAUAAUGGAAAUUAUGUACAAAAUGUGGACAAUAUUCCGCAUUAUAUUGAAGAAAAUCGCAAUAUUAACACACCCUAUCAAUCAGAGUCCUCUGAUAAUAAUAAUAUUAGCAGUCCUAUAUCAUAUCCACAACAAACUGAAAGUGUGCCUUACUCUGAUUCAGGGUAUGUGGAUAAUAGAGGCACUAGUGAACAUUCAGAAGAAGGACAACCUGAAAUUGUGAAUAAUAGUGAUAUCAGUGCAAUGAGUGAGCCUAGACUUGAAACCCAAAAUCUAAGUGAUUUUGGUUCGACGCUUCAAAGUGAAGAUGUAAAUAUUGAAAAAGAUCAAAUUAACAACAAUAAUAACAACAAUGCUAACAUUGAAACGAAUAACAACUCAGAUAAACUAGCCGAGGGUGGAAUAGAGGGAGGAUUAGCCGGUGCUCUCUCGAAACUACGCCUGGGCGAGCCACGGUCACCUGAACAAGAAGCGUAUGAACAACAUAUCAGACGCCAAUGUUGGGAAUCCGGCAAUAUUGACUAUACCGGACGUGAUUCCUUUGACAAUAUCUGGGCUAGAAUUUCGGAAACAUUGAGCUCUGCACCACCAAAGCCCGCAGAAACGCCAAAGGAACCUGGUAGUAUGUAAUCAAUCUGUUUUGUCUUUAACUUGAAAAAAAAAAAAUGAAACAAUAUUCAGAAAACGAACAGUUCAUCGCACCUUGUUUUUUUAUUUGUAAUAUGAUAAUUUUUUAUAUUUAAUUUAAAUUCGUAUUAGAACAGAUUGGUCAAGUGUUCAGAAUUCAAUCAUUCGAGUAUUGAUUAAUAUUAUCAUUUGUUCUUGUACUAUUAUUUCUACGUGAAAUAAUACUAAGAGAAAUUAAAUGAAUUAAUUCGAUUCAUUAUUCGGUUCAUCGCA